AGAAAACAUACUGUAGGAUCGAGCGUAUAUAAUCAAAUAUUUAUAAUCCAUAAAAAAAAAACACGUAAAAAUGAACUUUAAUCAAUUUAAUAGCUUCAAAUCGUUCUACAAAGCUAUAUAGAUUAUUAUUAUUUAAUUUAAAACGUCGAUGAGAACAAAUCGAGAACGACAAAGGAGCAGCCAGAUAAGUCUCGGUACGCGGUCGACCGCGACCACCGAAACCUUGACAACAGCAGCGCGCGCCUUCCCGCGAUACAAUAAUAAAACUCUCAGUGCCGCCCGAGCCUUUACCGAUACAACACGAACGAUAUUAUAAGCAACUCGAUAUAGAUACGUGACGACUCGCGAACCAAAACACUCGAUACGGGCACAAUAUCCCGCGUUCGCCCACUUCAACUGGACCAGUGGCAAAAUGAAGUGAUUCGAUUUUGCAUACUCAGUGUACACUGUGUGAUGUUUUGUGCCAAUACUCCUUGUGCCAUAUUAGGAGAUAAUAAGUCCAAAAUUAUAAUAAAAAAAAGGCUGGGGGAGCGAUGAAGGGGUGGUUUGACGCGUUCCGCGAGGAAGGCGGCCCUACCUUAUACGCCUAUCACAACAGGACGGCGGUGGCAGCAGACGUGCCUGCACUAGCACUGCUGCUCGCCGCCCUGACUCUCUACCUCGCCUUCCUUGUCGUGUUCCCUGGAAUCAGAAAAGAGAGAUUUUCCACGUUCACGGUAGUCACGCUCAGCUUAUUUGUCGGGACAGUUAUCUUAGUAUGUAAGCACGGAUCGUCAUGGCACAUAGCAGGGGCGCGCGUGGCGAGAGCUGCAUACCGCGCCUUCUCCUCUGAGCGGCUUGAUUGCUGGUUAGCAAUACACGUGGGGCUGGGACAUGUUAACGUCACGCUCACAGCGCUGUCUUGGGGAAACACAACUAUAGGUGACCCUGGUGUCGACUACAAUGAGCAGUUCCGAUGGGAAGAAGCCGGUGCAAUACAGGAGUGGUAUCGCGCUGGGCUUACCCGUGGCCUUCCAUACCCAGUGCUAUCGGUAGCAGAGCACUUUGCUGUUCAGCAUGAAGGCUUCGAGUGGGGAGCUAAGUACCGCGCAGCCGGAUACACUACGUCAACAUUGCUCUGGACAGCAUUAGCACUAUGGCUUCUAAUGAAUCUGCUCCUAGUGGUUGUCCCUCGCUAUGGUGCAUACGCAAUGGCGAUCCUCGGUGUGACAUUGUGCGCUGCUGCGGGCGGCUACUGGGCCUCUCUGCCAAACGCUCCCUUAGUAGUCAGAUUAGACGGAGCGAUGCUGUUCUUCUCGCUCGGCUGGUGCUUCUGGCUAGUCCUAAUAGCAGGUAGCGCUUGUGUACUAGUUGGGAUGGUGAUAGCGAUGCUGGAUCUAAUAUGGCCGCAUCGUUUCUCGACUGUUCUGGAGGUGGACUAUGACACUCCUUACGACAGGCACGUGCUGAUUGUCGACAGCCGACAACGAGCGAGACCUCAAACUCAAGCUUCGUUGCCUACUAGAAUUUUAAGAAGAUUGUCGUCAAAAACCCGUGAAAACGAAGCACAAGCCAGUUUGUCGGUUGUAAAUGAACGGGGUCGGGACAACCCAGCCUUUAGACAUGAACAGCGGAAACCUAACUCUCCGUGGAGGUAUCCGCUCUUUAGGCGACAGAUAGACAGAGCGGACUCAGCAUCGAGUCUCGGUUCUAGUGUAAACGGGAACAGUUCCGGAAUAAAAAUGUCACCGCUCGCGGGCGAUCAUCCCGCGCCAUCAGCCGCCAUCCCUCCACAUAGGUUCCGCCCGCAAAUUCCAGCGGCGGAGCGAGUGAAAGACAUGUGGUGACUAACAAUCGGCACUAGGAUGUAAUUAACACAUUUAACUCUCUGAUAAUCGUGUAAAAAUAUUUUUUUGAUGUUUUAGUAAGCACGUGAAUAACACGGACUAGAGGAUUUACCAAAAUACUAAAAAAGCUUUGAUAUCGGUCGAAGCAAUGGCUUUCCAAUCAAAGCUAUUGUAAUAUUAAGCUCUUGCUUCGCAACAUCGUUCCUUUAGUUUGGUGAACACUCAUCGUCUGCAAAUUUGUAUUGAUUCGAAUAUUUUCAAAAUAAUAAUACCGUUUUGCGUGACUCUGAUAGCUCCUACACUUUAUUUAAAUGUAACUGCUGUCAAUCAAAUUCUGUCGUAUAAUAAUUUUUUAAGUGUGCUCCUUCUAAAUAUAAAGGAAAGAAAAUAAAUUUUACAAAUGUUUUAGUUACUGAUCUCUAUGGCAGAAUGUAAGUAGAUAGUUAUUAAAAAUUAAAAAUUCACAUCGUGUACACGUUUGUAAGUAUAUAUAAUGUGUGUAAAUAUGUAAAUUUUAAUAUAAACUAUGUAACUAAACAUUCAGUGUCAUAAACUUUAUAAUAAACAUAAGAAUAUUGUUAUGUGUGCGUUAAUUCGAAUUUAGUCUCAAUUUUACACCGAAAUAAAUGAGAAUUGUUAAAACAAAAGCUAAAUUAUGAACGUAAUCAAAGACGAUUCUCGAUUCUGGCAUAACCGUUAUUUUUUCUUCAAAAUUAAAUAGCCGAGUACUAUUUUCUCAUUUGAUGUUUUCUAUCUUAACUCUUAUAAACAAAUUCACUUAAACAUUAACUGAAUAUUAAAGAAUCACACUAGUUUAUGUAAUUGUAACUCACUUAUAUAUAUAUCUGUUAAGUAAACCAUGAAAAUCAUCAUGUAAGUCUUGAAAUUGACGGAAAUAUACAUAUAUAUUUCUGUACAAUGUUUAUACCGUAAACUGAAACAAAAUUAUAUUUGUGUUUUCAGCAGACUAUAGUUUCAACAUUAAUAAAUAAUAUUGCAUAAUCUUAUGAAAUAAAACACAUGAUAUCUGCAUAUAAUUAAAAUACAUUGACACAAAUGAAUGCUUUGUGCCAUUAUAACCUUAAUUAUGAUGUGAUCAAAAUCUUAGAUUAAGACAACUGCACACUUCAUUGUUAUAAAAAAAAAACAAUUAAUAAUGUACAGAUUAACGUUUUUGAACCAGUUAUUUUUAACAAGUGACAUGAGUAUUAACGAAAUGUUUCUGUGUUAUUUAAUAACCUAAGAUUAUUUUAUGGAUUAACCUUUAAAGGUCACAGAGAAAGGCAAUGGUAAAUCACAGAAUUAAAAAAAAAUCAGCGCAGUCAAGUAACUGUAAAUUUAGAUAUAAGUUAUUUAUUUUGUAAAGUUGAAAUUGAACAAGAACGAAUGGAUGAAAUAUGAUAUUUAUGUAUGAAAAUGUUGUUUAGUAUCAAUCAAUCAAAAAAAUUGUGUAGUAAGUAGGUAUCAAGUAUUAAAAUCUAAAAUGUUCAAUGAAAUAUAUUCAAUGUUGCGAAAAUGUGUUUGCAACAGUGAAUAUGUUGUGAUUCUAAUUUAAUUAGUCAAAGGACUCUUACUCGAUAUACUGUUUAUUGUACGUACAUCACCCGAUCGAGGGUGAUUACAAAAACGGAUCAUUCACAUACACACCAUAAAAUAUAAUAGGUACAUCAAUUGUAAAAUUAGUUAUGAAAAGGCGGCAAAAAAGGUUCUAGUAAAAAAUUUAUGCGUGUGCAAUAAAUUUAGCGCCCGUUUUCAAAAACGUGUAUCUCUAAUUAAAUCUAUAAUUGACCUAGAAUGAGAAUUAUUUGAGAGUGCCUGAUAAUGAAACUAUUUAUUGUGAUAAAAAAAAUAAACAAAUUCCAAAUGAAAA